AUGUGUAUCACAAAAAGAGCUGUCAAAAAUGCACCAAAAGAUUCAAAAUCGGGAGGAUCGGAUGAUGGAAAGAACACAAAGGGUUCGAAAAAUGGCAAAAAACCCGGGAAAAAAUUUAAAAUGCCCAACUUCGCAAAGAAGAAGACGCCAGUAAAAGUGGAGGAGAAGAUUCCCGAGAAGCCAGAAGAACCAGAACCACAGAAAUCGGAAAAAGAAGAGGUGCCACCGGUAGAAGAGGAGAAAAAAGUGGAAGUGCAGAAACCAGAAGUUCAUAAGGAUCCUCCAAAGAGACCCAGCAUUUUCAGACCGAAUUGUGCAAAGUUAGUUAGAGCCUACAAGUAUGGCCAAAUCGAUCGGGAGGAGUUGUCAAUCAAUAACGAUAAAACGGAAUUUUUGGAGAAUGCUCAACUCACCAAAUUAAUGUCUCAUGCCGAUAUGAAAGCUCUGAUGAAUGGACAAAUGGCACCGGGAGAGAAUGGGGAUGAUGCGAAUUGUCAGGAUACGGUAGAAGAAGUAGAUAGUGAAAUGCAGGACAUUGCGUUUUCACCGUUGCUAGCUGUGAUUCCAAAAGAGGAUGAUAAGCCGUAUGGAGCGAUUGUGACCCCUGGAGAACGUUAG